AAAUUUGUGGAUUAUAAGGAGCGCGUGUGGGUGAGAAUAGAAGCGGGAGUGAAUUUGAUAGUUUUAUUAGUGGCGUUGUUGUUUCCUACUGUUAAUACUGCAUAAAUGGCUUGGUACAAUCCCACGGUGACACUCUCAAAACCACCAUUGCUAAUUCGAUCGAAGAGCCUCAUCUCCAACUCCUGCCAUUUCACUGCUAAGAAGGUAAUUCAAUGUACAAGAAAUUACCCAUUGAUGGCAAGGAAGAAGCAAAAUUUUCUGGGGAAAGUAGCAUUACUUCCUAAGGGCAUGCUCAGACUGAAGGUUUCGGCAUCUUCAGGAGAAGAAGUUGAGUCAGGGUAUCUAGAGGAAUUCAGUUGGUCUUCUGUUAUUUUGCCUUUUAUCUUCCCAGCCCUAGGCGGUUUAUUAUUUGGCUACGAUAUUGGUGCGACCUCAGGUGCUACCAUCUCAUUGAAGUCACCUGCACUUAGUGGAACGACUUGGUACAACCUCUCAGCUGUUCAGCUUGGUCUUGUGGUCAGCGGUUCACUUUAUGGGGCUCUUAUUGGCUCUAUUCUCGCCUACCCAUUUGCUGAUUUCCUAGGAAGGAGGAGGGAACUGAUCAUAGCUGCCAUUUUAUAUUUGUCUGGCGGUUCACUAACUGCCUAUGCUCCAGGAUUAGGGGCACUCUUGUUGGGCCGGCUUGUUUAUGGACUAGGAAUUGGUUUGGCAAUGCAUGGAGCACCUCUAUAUAUAGCAGAGACUUGCCCAUCACAAAUCAGAGGGACAUUAAUCUCUUUGAAGGAGUUGGCAAUAGUACUGGGUAUUUUGCUGGGUUAUUUUGUAGGAAGCUAUGAAAUUGAUGUCAUUGGAGGGUGGCGUUACAUGUUUGGAUUAAGUUCCCCAAUUGCUUUAUUGAUGGGGAUUGGAAUGUGGACUCUCCCACCCUCUCCCAGAUGGUUACUUCUGAGGGCAAUUCAAGGUAAAGGACCAUUGCAGGAAUACAAAGAGAAGGCUAUUGGAGCAUUGAGCAAACUGAGAGGCCGCCCGGCUGGUGAUAAAGUAUCUGAAAAACAAAUAGAAGAUACUAUUAUCUCAUUGAAAACUGCCUACACAGAUGAAGAAGCUGAAGGAAAUUUUCUCGAGGUAUUGCAAGGACCAAGUUUGAAAGCAUUUAAAAUUGGAGGAGGUUUGGUCCUUUUUCAACAGAUAACUGGACAGCCAAGCGUUCUGUAUUAUGCUGGUUCAAUUCUGCAGAGUGCUGGUUUUUCUGCGGCUGCGGAUGCUGCUCGAGUUUCAGUCGUUAUUGGUAUAUUUAAGUCACUGAUGACAGCAGUCGCUGUCCUAAAAGCUGAUGAUCUUGGGAGAAGGCCAUUGUUGAUAGGAGGAGUCAGUGGGAUUGCCCUAUCACUGUUUCUUCUUUCAGCUUAUUAUAAAUUUCUCGGCAGUUACCCUUUGGUUGCUGCUUCUGCUCUGCUUCUGUACGUGGGAUGCUACCAGAUAUCUUUUGGGCCUAUUAGCUGGCUUAUGGUAUCAGAGAUUUUCCCACUCCGCACCAGAGGGAAGGGGAUAAGUCUAGCUGUUCUCACCAAUUUUGGUUCUAAUGCGAUAGUGACCUUUGCCUUUUCACCUCUCAAGGAGUUGCUUGGGGCAGAAAAUCUUUUCCUUCUAUUUGGAGUGAUUGCUUUGUUGUCACUUCUGUUUGUGGUCACCUCUGUUCCAGAGACUAAAGGCUUGACCUUGGAAGAAAUUGAGUCCAAAAUCUUGAAGUGAAGACAUAGUUUUGUGUCCUUGAGAUCACAAAUAGAAUAAUUAUCUCUUCUUUAAUGUAUCAAUUCUAUCAGAAUACAAUGCUUUAUAGUUGUUCUGGAAAGAUAAACUGGGAUGGCUGUAGUAUGAGCUUCACUGGCUGGAAGAAGAUAAAAGCAUUCUUAGUUUUUGUUUGAGAAACAAAACAACAUUUUUAGUGUCUUUUAACUUUGAUGGUCUUGACUCUCUACAAUGGUUUAUUCCUA